AUGGACCGCGGUAACCAGAGCUUCGACGUGUGGAAAGACUACUUCGGUCUGGCCGAACUGCUGCAGGAAACGAGGACUCGUGGCGCUGCUGGAAGCGAGCCGGGUCCCGAAGCUGCAGCCGGCAUGGCGGCGACACAGCCCGACCGCGGCACGAAGCAGCAGAGCGCUUCAGAAGUCAAGCCACCGGCGCUAAACCAACCCGACCCGCCGGACAGAGGAAGCAAGUUAUGCGUUUUUUGCAAAAAGAACGGGGAGUCCAGAAAGGUCUAUAACGGCCACAGCUUUAAGGACGGUGACAAAGUGCUGUGCCCCUAUCUCAGACGCUACAAGUGCCCGCGUUGCGGUGCCACCGGAGAUUAA